AUAGUUUCAGUCGAAUUUAAUUUAUGAAAAUUUCCUGUUCUUACGUAUACAUUAUCCAAGAUAAUCCAUUUCUAAUGCCCCUUGGCAUUUCGAGGGAGGGGAUGCAUUUUUACCCAUGCGUAGGGGUAUUUUAAGUUUGCUCUCCAAGGAUCACUAUUAUUUACAAUCACAACACACUAUGACGUCAAAUAAACGUGUGGGGGACGUUAAUAUGUGACCUUUUCAAUCAAUUACACCCUAUUUCCUGCGCUUUCGUUAACACUCGUAGCACAUUGCAUCUAUUUCCGCCUAAAUAGGCAAUUGCACAUCGAUUGCACACGAUCGAGUGGAUUUACGGCCAGUAAGGUCGCCAGGGGUCGGGUCAGGAGGUUCUAUUUUUAAAAACUUCAUACCUGAGUAAUCUUUUACUUAGUUGUGAGCGACUGUUACGUUAGGGCGUAUAUUUGCAUAAAUCAUAUUAAAAUUACAUUAUUAAUAGUAAUUCGUUUGUCGUAAUGCGUGAGGAUAAAAAUUCAGGCAUCCUGGCCCCCAUAACUGAAAUGGAUGAGCAGCCAAUCUUCACGUGCAAGGCGCACGUGUUCCACAUAGACCCGAAGACGAAGCGAUCGUGGAUGUCGGCCAGCUCCGCCGCUGUUUCCGUCUCGUUCUUCUACGACUCGUCGAGAAACCUGUAUCGCAUCAUCAGCGUUGAAGGGACCAAGGCGGUGAUAAACAGCACAAUAACGGCGAACAUGACCUUCACGAAGACCUCUCAAAAGUUUGGGCAAUGGAGCGACGUGCGGGCCAACACGGUUUACGGACUCGGGUUCGCGUCCGAAGCAGAACUGGGCAAAUUCAUAGAAAAGUUCCAAGAAGUGAAAGAGGCGAUCCAGGCGCAGCAAAUGUCGGGCAAAGCCACCAAUGGCAACAGUGGAGCCGCCACGCCCGUGGCGUCCGCUACGGCAUCCCCUCUGCUAGCUUCCCGCGCGCCCGCUGACGAGCCCCCGGUCGCUGCUCCUCCAGUACAGCCUAAAGUCGACAACGAUGAGAUGAUGGUCCACCAGAGAGCUCACUCCGUCUCGUCCUCACUACAGGGCGGAUAUGCGACGGUAGGGCGAGCGCCGCGCGGCCCCCUCGCGUCCACGGCGGCGCCCGAGCGCUCCGAGCUGCCUCCCGCCGAGUCCGCAGAACAGCAACUCAGAUACGAAAACGACCGCCUAAAACUGGCUUUGGCUCAGAGCUCAGCGAACGCCAAAAAAUGGGAGGUCGAGCUGGCAACACUGAAGAGCAACAACCUGCGCCUAACAGCCGCCCUGCAGGAGAGCACCGCCAACGUGGACGAAUGGAAGAGACAGCUGCACCAGUACCGGGAGGAGGUGGCCCGCGCCAGACACUUCGCUGGGAAAGGCAACGACGCGAGCGAAGCCGAGCAGCUGCGGCAGCGCGUGGCGCAGCUCGAGGCGGAGCUGGCCCAGAAGAACGAGGAGCUGGCACAGUUCACCAAGUCACGGAAGAGUGAACAGGACGCCGAAGCGAAACUAGCUCAAAGCCAGCUGGAGCUAGCCCUAGCCGCCCAGGACGGACAGCGGCAGGUCAUCCAGGCGCUCAACGACCAGCUGGCCCGUCAGCUCGAGGAACUGUCGACGAUCCACCGCGAGAUUAACACGGCGCUGCAAACAUGAGACGCGGCCUCCAUUCAGCCGCCUCCUAUAUACGCGUCCGUUGUCAAGCCACCGGACCGGCGGCUGCCGCUGCUGCUGCGCGCGCGGGAGGGGCGGGAUGGGAGGGAGGGGGAGGAGCCGAGCUACGUCACGGUGAAGACGAACAAAUGAACAGCGUUCUCGGUAUUUCGCAAGGUGCACGAAUUCUUUUAAUUUCCUACCUGUAUUCUUCAUUAUCGUUACGUGAGGUGGUCUCAGUGUUCACGGUCUAAUCUGCGACUGGA